AUGCCCCCCACACGCGUGCGGACGUCGGGGCCGGCGGCGUCGCCGUCGCGCGUACGUGCGACGCGGCGUACGCUUUCGAACGACACGAGCCGCAUCGGUGCGCGGCGCGUCGUUCGCCCCGGCCCUGCCACAACGCCGCCCGCCCGUGCCGCAGCGCCGGCUCCCCACAUGCACGACUUGUUCGAGCUCGAGAAGGAACGUGUGCAGGCCAGCCAGACGCGCGAGCGUGCCGAGCGCGAUCAACGCUAUGAGAGGCAGCGCAUGAUUGAUGAGAGGCUUGUAGAGGCGCGUCGCACCGCGAACGAGAAUCGUCCACCUGCGUCGGGCUGGCGUGGGUACAACGACUACGAGGUGGAUCUCCUGCGGGCCGAGCACCAGCGCGACCUCAAGACACUGCGUGCGCGUAUCGAAGCCCAGGAGCUUGAGAUGGAAGCGCUUCGCGCGGAUGCAGCGCGCCACGCUCAAUCCCUUGAAAAGGCGCAUGCCUCAGAAGACGCGUUGCGAGCGCGCGUGGCGGAGCUUGAGACGCUGCUUGCCACCACAGAUACACGCUCCGCUGCGCUUGCGUCCGAGGCGACCGCUUCUGCUGAACGCGUGCACCUCCUCGAAGCGCGGCUUGCUGACGCCGAGGUGCUGCGUCGUCGCCUGCACAACCAGGUCCAAGAGUUGCGUGGCAAUGUGCGUGUGUACGCGCGUGUGCGGCCCCCCCGGGACGAGGGUGCGAGCAUAGAUCUGCGCUAUCCUGAUGCACAGCAGCUCGCGACGCAGCUCGAGGUGCGGGCGCCGACCGAGAGUGCGAUGGGCGCGGCGUCCGUCAAGACGCAUCACUUUGCGUUUGAUCAUGUGUUUCCGCCGUCGGCGACGCAAGCCGAUGUAUUUGAGCAUGUGUCUGACCUCCUGCAGAGCGUGCUCGAUGGCUACCAUACCACUAUCUUCGCCUAUGGGCAAACAGGCUCCGGCAAGACACACACACUCGAGGGCGGCUCGCACGUCGACUGGGCCGUACCGAGCACCUGGGAAGGAGACGAUGUGGGUCUGAUUCCCCGUGCCAUGCACAUGCUGUGGGCCGCUGCACAGGCACAGCAGGUGCACGGCUGGUCGUACACGUUUGAGGCGCAAAUGGUCGAGGUGUAUCUGGACCAGAUUGCCGAUCUGCUCGGCGACCAUGCGCGGUGCGACGUUGUCCAUAUGGGCCACCACUCGCACGUAGAGCCCGCCGAGAUCGUGCCCCUCGCACGACCGGACGAUGUGUAUCAGCUCUUGGCACGUGCUAAGAAGCGCCGGCAAGUUGCAGCGACCAAAAUGAACGAGCGCUCGAGCCGGAGUCACAGCGUGUUUGCGUUGCGUGUGCGUGGCACGCAGUCCGGCGGCGAGACAAGCGAUGCAACGUUGCACCUCGUCGACUUGGCUGGCUCGGAGCGUCUCGCGACGAGUGGCUCUGCAGCUGAUCCGCAGCGACUGCGCGAGGCCCAGAGCAUCAACAAAUCGCUCAGUAGCCUCGCGGACGUGAUGGCAGCGCUUGCGACGCAUGCCAAGCAUGUGCCCCGUGCCUGA